CCCCAACCCCAGGGCUAAUGAGCUCCCCUCCACACACCCUUAUGACUCAACCUAAAAUAAGGAAGGAAGAUAGUCAGUGGGACUGGGAACUGAGUGAGAGAUAAUAGGGAAGGAAGGGUAGCUGGCAAGGUACCAGACUUUGGACUCAUCGGCAGCAGGAGGGAGAAGGCAGCGGUGGACAAUGACCUCCAUGGCGCUGUUCCUGGCGAUGGCCCUCCUGGCCCACCUCUCAGGCCAUCUGAGUGCUGACCCCACCUUGGAAGGGCCUGUCAAAAUGAUUGGCCCCUGGAAAGGGAAUGUCAAUGUUGCCUGCACCUACGGGCCCCUGAAAGGUUACACCCAAGUCCAGGUGAAGUGGCUGGUCCAGCAGGACAAUGAGGUUGUCACCAUCUUUUUGCGGGAUUCCUCUGGGGACCACAUUCAACAGGCCAAGUACCGAGGCCGCCUGCAGGUGAACAGAGAGCCCCCUGGAGAUGUGUCCCUGCUCCUGGAAACCUUGGAGAUGGAUGACAGAGGUCGCUACCAGUGCCAAGUAACCUGGAAGGUCCCUGAUGGUAGGCAGCUGGUGAAAGAGCGCAUGACAGAACUUCAAAUCCAGAAACUUCCUGCCUCCAAGCCCCAGGUGACCACAGGUUCUGGCUAUGGCUUCCAGGUGCCCCAUGGCAUGAGAAUCAGUCUUUUGUGUCAGGCCCAAGGCUCUCCACCUAUCACCUACAAGUGGUACAAGGGGAAGCCGGAUGGGACUCCGACCCAGGUGACUUCUCUCGGCACCCUCCUCUUUAAGCCUGCCCAGGUCUCUGACUCUGGCACGUACUUCUGCACGGCCAAGGCUCGUGUUGGUUCUGAGCAGAUGAGUGACCUUGUCCACUUUGUGGUCACAGACUCUUCCAAGAGGCCUACAUCAACGAUGCUGCCUGAGGAACUAACAGCCAGCACACCCCACCCUGAAGUAAUACACCAGUCAACCACAGCGACCCCAGCUAGAGACCAGACAUCGACAAUAGACAGCUUCUUGGGGGCAAGCACCAUUGGACUAGCAACAGAGACAUCAUCUAGGAAGCAGACAACCAUGGAUGCUGGCCAUGCUGGGGCGAGCAGCGAAAGGCCAGGUUCAACUUCAGAUGUUGCAUCGAGGGACCAGGGAAAUGCCAGCAAAAGAGCAGGUGGACAAGGCCUGCCCCUCUAUGCCAUCAUCCUCAUCGCCUUACUGUGCAUCGCACUGGUCUUUGCCACACUCUUUGGGCUCUGCCGGAGGAAAUCACAAGAUGGUCCAUUCACUCGUGUUCAAUGAGGACACCUCCACUUGGUCAAUGCUGCCCUCAGAUAUGACACCCAGAAAUGAGCACAGCCCUCAGUCUGACCAGGACCGACCCGUUGAAUGAGUCAUUCACUCACUGAACAACAUCUGCCCCACACCCUGAGAAUGAGAAGACCCAGUUUCUGCACUCACAGAACCUACAGAACAUCAGAGCUGGGAGAGAACUUGAGGAGCAGAUGAUCCUCUAUAGUGUAAUCUCUCCAUUUUACAGAGGAGAAAACUGAGGCUCAGAGAGGGGAAUGAUUCACACAGGGAUCUUUCUGCAUUGCAUCAGGGUGUUCACAGUCAGCUUAGGAGACUAGAGUUCCCCAUGGGAGUCAUUUAAUUGACACAACCUGUCAGUCUCUACUCGGCUGCUCCAUGGGGGAACAAGGACCCUCUAGGCCAGAGCUUCUUAAACUUUGUCCACUCUAGUCCCCUUUUCACACUUCGGCAGCCUUGAUUGGCUGUUGUGUGCCCUGAGGGGCAUAUGCAGUGCAAAGUGUGUGUUUGAUUUUUAAUUAAUUUUUGGUCAUUGCAUGUUCAGAAACCUUUUACUGUUACCAAAUUUUUGGUGACCCUGGGGUUUAAGAAGCACUCCUCUAGGAGGUCAGGGAAGGGGAGAAAUCAGUGCAGUACAAAGAGUCCAGAUUCCGGAGUCUGGGAAAAAUGCUCUGGGCUUAAGACCGAGAGCCUGAGGUUCAGUUCUGGCUCUGCCACUUACUAGCUAAGUCAUAGAACCAUAGUUUUAGAAUCAAAAGGGGUCAUAUAGUCUCAUUUUACAGAUGGAGAAACUGAGGUCAAAAGGCGAAAUGACUUACCUAUGGUCAUACACAGAUAGUCAGUGACAAAGGUAGGAUUUGAACCCUGGUCCUCUUUACUCCAAAUCCAUCAAUGAAUUAACAGGCAUUUCAUAAGUGCUUACUGUAUACCAGGCACUGUGGUAAGCACUGAGGAUACAAAGAUAGGUAAAAAUACAUAACUGCAUAUCCCUUCCACA